AUGACAUUUAGAGUGUCUGCGUCUGACACCCAUCUCACUUUCUCAGAGCUUUAUGAACGAUACGCGGAUACAUUUCAAAAAAAGUCAGAUGAUUUCACCUUCAGCCUGAAUAACAGACUCGUCGACGGUAAACGCCUCAUUGUCGAUACGAUUUCGGCAUCCAAGUCCGAUAUCAACCUCUACGCGUGCCCAGUAGAACGGGCCGGCUCGUCUAACCAGAAUAUGGCUCAGGCUAGACGAGAUGACUUGUCCAAAACUGGCGAAACAAAUGGGCACUUGCCCAUCCACAGAGCUUCCUCUCGGCGUCCCUCAUCCCGACUUCAAUUUUCCCCAGUCGUUGAGCAACAUGGGGUAGAUUCUCUGCCCGAUAACACACAAACGCCGGCGGGGACACAGUCUGGGUCUGGAGUUCAAUUACAUUGGACUCCCCCGUUAACAUCCCUUCCAAGUCGACGCUACGCACCCACCCUAUCUCAGAUUUUAGCUACGAGCAAAGAACAGCCGAAUCUCCCUCCAGCACAGUUGCCUACACCUCCUGCCUCCACUUCACCCCCAGCUGUUAACACACCGUCUUCCUCAUCACAGACCCCAUCUGAAGAAAACCUGAAUCCUGUUGCUUUUUUCACCAAGCUACGUACUCAGUUGCUCGUUUCGGAUGCAACGGUCCUCUCCAACAUCAUUUUCGCUGCACUUGCUCCCGUCCCCCCAGCUCUCAAGGAUGACGAGUUAGCCAAUGAAGAUGACAACGCCGUAUUGCACAACGUUGCGCGCGAAAUCUUGAUGUGGAAGGGCAAUCUUGUGAAGGCCGAUAUGGCAGCUAGCUUGGCGGGGUUUCCUGAAGGUGUCGCAGAAGGUGAAUUUUCUAAUGAUGUCGCGACAUAUUCUAAAAAGCUGCUAGUCGAGUUCAUAAAACGUCAAACAUCGCAUUUGGCUGAGGUGGACCGGUUAUGGAAUGAAUGGAAAGUGAAGUUAUGCGAUGAUUGGGACGAGCACCUCUUUGACAUCGAGGAUCUUGAGCAGAUUGUGACCCAACAAACUUCGCAAUUGUCGCUAACACCUCGCCGCCGCCGUAAGACUGGAGGACCCCCUUUGGCCGUUCGUCCACCAAUUCCGUUUCGAAAAAACAUGUUGGAGCGCGCCACGAAGCGGUUGCUGCGUGAUGCACGGUUGGUUCACAUUCUUGGCCUUGUGCUCGAAGGGUGGAAAGCGCAGCUGAACCUAAUACCGGCCUGGUCUACCAGCGGCUCUUAUAUUAUCGAACUGCGAAUAACCCAGUUCUGCCAGACGCGGAUCUACCUUCCUCCCCAUGCGGCAAAGGGCCGUACGGUCUUUAUAGACAUGCUUAACGGAAACACUCACCAAUACCUUGUCAAUGCCAACAACGAACCCCACGGCUCCCUCUCCCGUCGCUCUGGACGCCUGCAAAUCAAGCCCACGCGGAACUACCGUUUCGGAAGAUCCAAUAAGCGCUCAUGGAAACAAGGCGAAGCUGCACAUCCAAAAGACGUGGGAUUUUGGGCUCAGACAAUGACACCCCCGCCCUCCUUCCAAGCCCCCCGACUGCCAACACCCUUGUCGUCAACAUCUUCGUCGCCUGCGCCGUUUACGCAUAUGAUCCGACACCAUGUUCAAACUGAAUGGACUAAAUUGGCUCGUGCAGCCGGCGCGGCGCCCAUUGAAUUUGUCAACAGCAUCGACGAUGAAGAGGUGCCUCCCGGAAUCAACAGUCUCUUCCGUUACACGGAACGGGACUAUAUCAUGAACUUCGGUAUUUCGCUCCCGACCAAAAUUGUCGGCUGUGACUGUCGCCAAACAUGCAGUCAUUCGAGUGGUCCAUCGUGUCAUCAGAACACGCCAGCAUAUAAUCCUCAUGGCCUUUUCAUGUUUAACACGCACGAGAUCGUCGAGUGCAACAAGAGUUGUUCAUGUCCACCUGAUUGCAUGAAUCGCGUUGCUCAGCGGCCUCGUCAAAUCCCUAUCCAAGUCGUGAAGACUGACACACGCGGUUGGGGUGUCCAGUCCCCCAUGUCAAUUCCAAGGGGGAAAAUGCUUGGUCUUUACACCGGCAUGCUCAUCAAAAGGGAAACUGCUGAUCAUCUUACCAAAGCAUCUUACUGUUUCGACUUGGAUGCUAGAGAAAAUCUUGAUGAUGACGAGGAAGACAUGGCGGCGGAGCACAUGUAUAGCGUGGACGCUUUUCCUGCGGGAAAUUGGACCCGGUUCAUCAAUCAUUCUUGCGAUCCUAAUAUGGAGACAAGAACCGUUAUUUUCGACUCUAAUCCUACUGACAACGUUGGCUACAUUGUUUUUGUGGCCUGCAAGGACAUUCCACCGUUCACCGAACUUACCUUCGAUUACAACCCACAUCAGCAAAGGAAGUUCGAGAUGAUGUCUAUGCGCGAUAGGCUGGACUAUCUCAAAAACGAACGGCGACACCAUGCGGAUACGCGGUGUUUUUGUGGUUCUGGAGCCUGUCGAGGUUGGUUCGCUUGA